ACCAACCUUUCUCGUAGGUAAGCUACAACUUUAUGUGUCCUCACUCUUUUUCCACCAUGUAUAUAAGUUAAUAAUACUAUGAGGAACCAUUGAGAGAUUUGGAAACAUCUGAGAAGACGAGACUAGAAAUUUCAUCAAACAAUGAAACAAACAAGAACUAUCUUUUCAAACUCCUACUACACCCCAAACAAUGUCUCACUACUUUUGACUUAGAAACCUCUCAUUUUAAUAUUUUUUUUUCUUUUUCCAAUAACACAAAUCUAAAAUCACAUUGCGUAACCACAAUGGUGGAUUCAUCACUUGGUUCCGACAAGAAGAAGAAGGGUAAUAAGCAGCCUGUGUACCGUGGAGUCCGCAUGAGGAGGUGGGGCAAAUGGGUGUCUGAGAUUCGUGAGCCACGUAAGAAAUCAAGAAUCUGGCUCGGGACUUUUCCCACGGCGGAGAUGGCCAUGCGUGCUCACGACGUGGCGGCUUUGAGCAUCAAGGGAACGUCUGCCAUUCUCAAUUUCCCUGAGCUCUCUGAUUUACUCCCUCGACCCGCUUCUCUCAGUCCUCGUGACGUCAGAGCUGCGGCGACCAAAGCGGCUCUCAUGGAGUUCGGUGCGACAGCGUUUUGUCAGGAGAGUGAGACGAACGGAAUAGUGGCGUCAGAGAGUGAGGGUAACGAAACGGCGGCGUCUAGUAUAAGGUCGGAUAGUGAGACUAGCGAAACGGCGUCGUUCUCUGCGACGAGCAUUGAUGAGGAAAGUACAGUUUCGGAUAAUUUGGACAAGAUCGUAGAGUUGCCUAGUCUAGGAACAAGUCUAGACGAGUCUAACGAGUUCGUGUUUUUUGACUCGUUGGAGGAUUUGGUGUACAUCCCACCAUGGUUACAUAGUGGUAUGGAGGAUGGUUUUACGUAUAACAAUGAUUCUCCGUUUAAAGUUUGCGAAGAAAGCUUUUCUUGGAAUCAUUUUCCCUGAUUUUUUUUUGUAAUUUUUUGUUUGUAUUUUCCCCGUAUUUUCUUGCUCUCUUUUUUUCCCUUUCUUGGUUUAGUUUUCAUGGGAUUCUCUCUGUUUCUUUUUUUGCUUUGCGCGAGAUAUCUCCAAGAUGAUGCUGUGGAAUUGACAACUUUUUGUUAUUCUCCUUGUCUAGUUGGUGAAACGAAAGUUGACGAAAUGUGUAAGUGUAUAUUAUCGGGUUCAGAAGAAAUAAUGACAGUGUUAGUGUGUGCGUUU